AUGGGUGUUACAGCGGCAGUGGGGGUGAGUCGCGGCAGCAGAGAGCGGAGCCGGCGCGACCACGGCGCGGCGGGGCAGAGGCUGGCGGCGUGGCUAGGAGGCGCAGGCGAGGCAGCGGGACGCGGGGAGGCGGCGAGCGCGGCGGCGGAGCGAGGCGGCUGCGGCGAGCGGCAGCAGGGCACAGAGUGGUGCGGAGCGACGCGGCGCGUGCUCGCGCGGCGAGGCAGGGCGAGGCCAAGAGGGCACGGGCCGCGCGCGCAGAGCGGCCAGGGCGCGGCCGGAGCCGGUCGAAGGCAGGCGCGGGCGGAGGCGUCGGGGGCGCACGCUGGAGCAGCCGCAAGCAGCGGCGGCCGGGGCUGCAGACGACGCGGGAGCCCGGGGCGGAGGCGACUCGGUGAUGCGGGCGUGUGUGGCCUGGGACACGCAUGA